CAGUACCAUGCACUGGCGAGAUGCAUUGAGCUAAGUUGGCGGCGUGGCGAUGUGGAGCAAGCCGAGAAGUAUCUGAAAAAUGCUCUGGAUGCGAAUCCCCGUGCCACAGUUGAUGCCGGCUUCAAUUACUGCAAGGGACUACACGAAUGGUGUGCCAAACUUUGUCUUACAAAUGUCGUGUACGUGGUACAUACGCGAAAAAAAACUACAUGGAAAAUAAGUGCACGUGAUGGCUAUGGUACGCGUAACGGGAAUUUGGUAAUUUGGAAAGCUAAAACCUAUAAUAUGUGCACUUGA